AGCACACCUAUGCAUGCUUAGGUACACACAUAUCGGCGAAAACAAUCAUCGGUGUACCUUUGAUGUUGCCGCACUCGGAUAAGCAAUCCAUACUGCACACCGUCCCUCCGCAACUGGGACCAAGCUAGAAUCAACUUAUUUCCGUCUUUACCGGGUUUUCUCUUCGAUUCACUCGCGAACAGUGGCCGUGUUCUGUGGUCGAAUGGGUGGAAUUUCCCGCCUGAAGGCAGGAUCUCGAACAAAAGUGAUAUUGUAGCCUUGCGGAGCAAUUUUGCCGUGAAGGUAAAAAAGAAGUUGCCACAGGAUGGUUCUUGAACUGAAAAAAAAUUCUAGCAGUAAUGGAAAAUUUUCUUCGAAUAUGUCAAGUGUAGUAUAUCCCUCAAACGGGAGGCACGAACGUAAAAAGAUGCAAUAUAGCUUUAAGUAUGAGUUGGUUCGACUGUGGAGUACUGUUUCAACUCAUUGCUAUAGACAGCUGGUACAGGAAGAUCGGAGCAUUUGGGAACGGCUGAUGUGGUUCCUCAUAAUAAUAGUGGAAACUGUCGCUUUGAUCAUCAUUCUGGUCACAGCCUGGAACAGUUUCACCUCUAACCCUCUGAUAACCACCCUGCACGACACUUUCUAUCCGAUAAAGAACGUCCCCUUUCCGGCGAUAGCCUUGUGUAACAACAAUCGAAUAUCCCGCGCAGCGGCCAUCAGCUAUGCGGAAAAUCUCAGCCGAAAGGAUCCGGCGAUGCGAAAUGUCAGUUUCUUUCUGAACCAGAUCCGCCUGUUGGGAAAGCUGUUCGAUUUUGACUACGAAAAGAUACAUCCAAUGACGGAGUUUCAGGAAUUUCUGGAUAUCUACGAUACAAACAACGUGUCCGGGAUGUUCAGUGCUUACGAUACCAUGGAGAAACUCUCACCCCGCUGUGAGCAGAUGCUGUUGCGUUGCUUCUGGAAAAGCAUCGAGUUACCGUGCAUGACGAAAAACGAAAUGAUUGAGGUGAGACGAACACAGUACGGAUUCUGUUGCACUUUCAACUUUAUUGGACACAACGAGGAUAACGAGAUUCAUCCGCCAUCGUACUUUUUGGAUGUUACGGGACCUGAAAUGGGAUUGGUACUGCUAUUGAAUGGCUCCAGCAACGAUUACUUUCACAAUCUGUUUAAUAACAUUGGAUUUAAGCUUCAAAUUUUCAACCCAUCGGAGAUUCCAGACAUUACAACGGGAGGAGUCAGCGAGCAAUUUCUGCAUCUGGGCACUGAAACGUUCGUCCGAGUGGAUGCUACCACUAUAGAAAGCGAGAUAGACGUGCGUAGAUACUCGAGAAAAACGCGCCAGUGCGUUUUCCGCAACGAGCUGCUUAGAUACGGCGGUCGCUAUGGGAGAAGCAACUGCGUUGCCGCCUGCCGCAUCCGAAGUGUGGUGGCCCUGUGCGAAUGCGUUCCAUUUUACAUGCCGAUAUCGGGCAGUGCCAGCGACAGGUCCGUAACCAUCUGUAAUCUACAGCACAUCGUGUGUUUGAACAAGUACAAAAUAAAAUGGUCCACCGUCAUAACGGAAAUUACGCCUAUCCCUGGUCUGGAGAAGGAAAUGGAAGAGUCGUUGUACUGCCCGGAAUGUUUACCCUCUUGUUCCGACAGCAAGUAUCAAAUAUCCGCUACCGAGCUACCAUUGAUAAGGACCAGACGAAAAGGCUUCAGUGUUACUCACGGGAUCGAGGACGUUUCAGAAGUCAGCGUGGUACGUAUCUUUUUCGGACAGCCUGAAACGUUGCUGUAUAAGCAGGAUGUUGUGUUCUAUUGGUUCGAGAUCUUUAGCAACUUUGGUGGCAUGUGCGGUAUCAUGGCUGGGUUGUCGCUGAUAAGCAUUUCGGAAAAUGUUUACUUCAUCAUCCGACAGUUUGUAUUGGUUUUGCUGGACAAAUCGAGCCGGUGGCGUCAAAGGAGCCGACGAAAUCGAGUGGCGGCACAAAUUUUGGACUGAAUUUAAAUUCCCAUCAGGCGACGACCAUCGUCAACGAACGUCGUUCUGCUUGCUUUCACGGUGACAGCGACACUGGGAUACAGCGUCAGCUGUUACACAUCGUAGAUACCAAUAACUGACCAAUAGGCGAUGGUUUCUGUCCACUCUACCGGAUAAUGGUACGAUAAUAUGCGCACGGAUGUUGGUCUGUCAUCAGGUACCGCUACACGAGGAUGAUUUUUCGAGACCGGUUCCACAGCAACCAGCCCCGCACACAAGCACGGGUCAACCGGGUGCACAAUGUAGAUUAAAAUUUGAUUAACAUUUACCACUUUGGCGUUUUACCUGUUUGUUCAGCACUUGAGCAUUGGGAUGAGGUAGAAUAUAUUGAAUAACACGUCCUCUUCGCACAGUUUGGUGUGACCAUUGUCGGUAGCUGAUGUCGACCGGAAGAUCAUGACAAUCGAAUAAAUAUUUCAAGAGGACAUGUUUUUGUUUAUCAAUGUUUAUAGCAUGUAACGAGUCCUGAAAAGCGGGUUGUUUAAAAUGCAACUAGUUUGUCCGGUUACCAAAGUUAUCGUGUGUCACCCAAACAGCAAAGCUUUGCCACACCGCAGCCCACAAUGAUUGGGCGAACGCGUUUAUAAUUAUAUAUUACACAAUGGCAGUGGAAAUGUUUUGCCUAGAUUAUCUAACCAACACUGACCGGAACGAGAUCUCGCCUAACCGUAACCACGUUAUCGAAAACAGAAAAAAACCAGGAUGGGAAUCGAUUUUCCAAAUUCAAUUAGUGACAGCUCGUGAAGUUCGCGGGAACCGGCUGGAAAUGGUAUAAUUUGCAACGAUUAAAGCAAUAAACAGUAAUUAUGCAUUAACUAGAGGCUAAAGUGCAAACGAAAAGCUGACGGAUGGUAGGGUACAUAUAUCGUCCUACACACGUGUUCUCUCGUAAUCCAGUUACAGCUCAACUGUUUUUGCUUAUCACGGUUAAUUGGUCAGUAUUUGAUCCUGUAAGCGCUGUAUUCACAGUUAGACCAAGUGACUACAAAUUCAGAUAAACGCGUACUUUGGAGCUUAAGGCCCAAUAAAUUUUCUUUGCACAUGUAUGAGAAUUGAAUGCUAGCUUGGUGGUAUUCGUAGGAGAAAUUGUACACUGGUUUGACACCGGUAUAUCCAUAUAAAACAUUUCUUAAACUAUAAAAUAAGAAUAUCAGUCGAUUUAUUAGAUUAUCAUGAUUCAAAUUCAAAUGCAAAAUAGUUAUUGGCACAAUUGACCGUGCAGUCAGUUUUUUGGCGAGCUCAAGCGAUUGUGUUUUGCACUGAUUUUGACAAAUAGGCACUUUUUUAUACUCAGUUCGUUUAUUUAAUAGCACAGAGAACAGACAUAUAAGCUAGAACAAACUUUUCCGAAAAACCUGUGUAAACAUUUAAAUGAAAAUACGUUGAAAAUCAUCAUCGCAUACAGGUUCGCAUGCGUGAGUCAUCAUUGUAUCCAAGUUCGCACACAAGUCGCGUAUAGCGAUUGCUGGCCGAUCGAAGCGCCAGCCAGUGCAGUGGCAAGUUGCUACUUGCUGUUGUCAUUUCAAAGUGACAGUUUUAUUUCUUACACAAGUUGAAAACAUUACUUGUAUGUCAGUUCUCAGUGACAUUACUAAUAAAGUACAAAAAAUACCGCAAAUUAUUCGAGUGGCUUCCAAAAAUAAAUUAUCAGCAUUGUUUUGACAAUUUCAAAAUUUUGGACGAUACAAUAUUUGAAUAAAACUUUUGUGAGAAAGCUGCGAUUUGGUCUGUUAUACAAUAUGACGAUGAAAUUAUGUGCCGAUUUCAUCGCUCCUUGCUUCAAUCAAUUUCAUCGAGUACUAGAUUCCAACAGAUUAAAUUUGUCGAUCAACAUGUUGAAGAGACACCUCCAUCGACGCAAACCAAGUUAGUCGAUAAAUUAACACUAGAACGUUGCACUGGGGUACAAAUGUACCCCACACCUUCUUUAGAGUCGUAUGAAGACGAGAAUUCGGCAUUUACCGAUUUGGGACCCUAACCAUAAUUCAAUUUAGAGUUCCUAGUAGUA